AUGGAUAUAUUUAGGGUCCUGAUAAGAGGAGCAAACGUGAAGAAAAAUAAUCGUGCCACCCCGGCCGAUUUUAGUAUGUCAAGGACAUCUGAGGAUGACAAGAUCUUACCUGGAAGCAUCAAGAAAGAGGCUAAUGACCAACAACUUACAAAAGAAUUGGACUUUUUCCGUAACAAGCGUAUAGUCAAUAACGUGGAUAGCAAGACGACAGAUGAAGAUCAAAAGGAUAAGAGCAAGGAAAUUACAACGGAUAGCGAUAUACCCCCACCAAAAAUUCUGAGUAUUGAAGAUGCUACUAAACUUCGGAAGUCCUACAAGGGAAAUGUUACAGGAGAAGACAUCCCACUUCCUAUAGGAUCAUUUGAGGACUUAGUUACUCGGUUUCAGUUUGACAAGCGCCUCCUAAGCAACUUGAUUGAUAGCCAUUUUACUGAACCCACGCCAGUCCAAUGUGAGUGUAUUCCUAUGGCCCUCCAAGAGCGCGAUGUUCUAUCAUGUGCUCCCACGGGUUCAGGUAAAACACUUGCAUUUUUGAUCCCCCUUCUUCAGCAGAUAAUCACCUCGAAAAGCACUGAGGGCGUCAAGGGUCUGAUCAUUUCCCCUACAAAAGAGUUGGCGAACCAAAUUUUCCUCGAAUGCAGCAAACUUGCACACAAGAUUUUUCUCACGAAAAAGAGGCCCUUGAGAGUUGCUUUGCUGUCAAAAUCACUCAGCGCUAAACUGAGAAACAAGGUUAUUAGUGAGCAAAAAUACGAUAUCAUUAUCUCCACCCCGCUCAGAUUAAUAGACAUUGUGAAGCAGGGAGCUCUCGAUCUAUCUAAUGUUAGACAUUUGAUUUUCGAUGAGGCUGAUAAGUUGUUUGAUAAAACAUUCGUCGAACAAACGGAUACCAUUCUCGCGUCUUGCACAGACCCACGUCUCCAUAAGUCAAUGUUUUCGGCCACUAUUCCAUCUAAUGUUGAGGAUAUCGCGCAUAGUAUUAUGUUGGAUCCUAUAAGAGUUAUCAUAGGUCACAAGGAAGCCGCGAAUUCGAAUAUUGAGCAAAAACUUACUUUCUGUGGUAAUGAAGAAGGAAAGCUAAUAGCUAUCAGACAGCUAAUCCAAGAAGGAGAAUUUAAACCGCCAGUAAUUAUCUUUUUGGAAUCUAUUACUAGAGCUAAAGCGCUCUUCCAUGAAUUGCUUUACGAUAAUCUUAAUGUGGAUGUGAUCCAUGCAGAAAGGACUCAAGUUCAACGUAAUAAGAUUAUUGAGAGAUUUAGAUCCGGUGAUCUUUGGUGUUUGAUCUGUACAGAUGUUUUGGCUCGUGGUAUUGACUUCAAAGGUGUCAAUUUAGUGAUCAACUAUGACGUUCCAAGCUCAGCUCAAGCAUAUGUUCACCGGAUCGGUAGAACAGGUAGAGGUGGUCGUGAAGGUAAGGCUGUUACAUUCUACACUAAGCUAGACACUCUGGCAAUUAAGCCAAUAAUUAAUGUGAUGAAACAGAGUGGUUGCGAAGUGUCUGAGUGGAUGGAAAGCUUCUCGAAAAUGACAAGGAAGGAGAAGGAACUACUGAAGAAGGGCAAAGCGCAUGAAGAAAGAAAACAAAUUAGUACAGUCCCAAAAAUUAUCAGAAAGAAGAGGCAGCAGAAAGAACAAAUGAUAGAAGCCUCUAAAAGGAGGAAAAGAGCUCAAGCUGAAGAAUAA